AUCGUCACCCAGAGAUCCGCGAGCACCACGGAUGACGGUAUAGAGCGGAAACCUCAUGUACAUGUAUGAUCUAAUAGUUAUGCGUUUCCCACUCGUUUAUCCGCGCUCAGCGAGUGGACCUUCCGAUGGACUAACAGUCACAGCAACAGCUACGAUCCAAUAGACGAUCCAAACUACUUUUCUGCCCCUUUUUUGGACUGACAAUUAAGGAAUUCCGGCCAAUUAGGCGAUCCGGGAGCGACGGGACCGCAGCCCGUUGCACGGAGAUGGACGGGCGCGCGUGGAUCCCGUUCUCCACAAUGACAAUGAAUUGUUGUGUUAUUGUUUUGAUGUGAUAGAGUCGAGGGCUUUGAGGUGGUCGUGGCAUUAAAACGUGGGGAAACUCCAUGGACUAUUUUUUAGAGUGAGUCGCUAUGAUCGUUGGGUCGCAGCUCAUCCUGGCGCGCAUCCAAACGUUCGAUGCCCGGUGGAGAAUAGUUAAUCGCUGGGUGUAUGCGGUGGGUUAUGCCACAGGUGUAUGAGGUCCGGUUUACAAUUCGGAUAACUUCCCCUAUCGAGUGCACAAGUAUGGCGAGACUAUAAGCUACCGUGAGCUAUGUAGUGGAAGACAUUCAUUUAAGUUCUGGAUUAUUUUUAAUUGAUUUGAGAAUUUGGAGAGGGAUCUUUUGCAAUUUAGUGGAAAAUGGAUCUAAAAGUAGAUUCCGAAGAAAUGGACAUCCGUCAACCUCCCUCUUUGCAGGUGUUCUCCCGCAACUCGACCCUGCACGGAAUCUCUCACAUCUUCACCUACGAACGCGUGUGCGUGAAGCGCUGCCUGUGGCUGACCUUCUUCCUCAGCUCCCUGGCGUGUCUGCUCUACGUGUGCGUGGACCGGAUCCACUUCUAUCUGGAGUACCCACACGUCACCAAGCUGGACGAGGUCACGACCCCAAUGAUGGUGUUCCCAGCCGUCACAUUUUGCAACUUGAACUCGUUCCGCUUCAGUCGCGUCACCCGGAAUGACCUGUACCACGCGGGGGAGCUGCUCUCACUCCUCAAUCAGAGGUAUGAGAUCAGGGGACUUACACCUGGUGGAGGAGAAUGUUCUGGAGUCCCUGAAGCUCAAAGCGGACCUUCCACAACUUCAAGCCGCGGCCCUUCAACAUGCGGGAGUUCUACGACCGUACGGGCCACGACAUCAGCGACAUGCUGCUCUCCUGCCACUUUCAGGGGCUUGGAGUGCCGAGCGGAAGACUUCAAAGGUCGUGAGUUCCCCUCCUCGCGUCCGCAGAAGUCCCUAUAGACAGUCUCUGUAUAAUACUUAUAAUCAUACAGUACAU